CGACUGACUGCAGAUGACGUUAUUAGCCUUCUUUGGUUCCCGCCUCCCUCCCUCUGGCUCUUGCUAUUUAUCUUCCCUUGAAAAUCGCGGCAACGGUACGGAAGAAUCGAUCGAUCCACCUCAUGGAAUCUUUAUCAUACCGAUUCUMUCCAAUUUCACCCAACACUUGACAAAACUUAUUACAACAGAACCACAUCCCUAGCACUGAGUUGCGGAAGAUCCUUACGAAAGAACAAAAGACKCAUCGAAAACCAACGAUGAAGACUCGGAACGAGAUCAAGACAAGGCUGCUAUCUCUUUCGAAUAGAAACCUGGAGCUAGAAGAGAAACUUCGUGAAGCAGAAAGAAGCUGCCAACGCUAUAAAAUCAAAACCAACGUUCAAAACAUGCUUAUAACGGAGCUCAUGGAUGYGAUCCAUUCCAUGGCACAACCUCCGAUUGGACCAAAMUAUGGCGAAAGCGCAGUCGUCAACGAAGAAACGUGUCUCUUGCUUACACAAAAUGCACGACGCAUCGCCGAUCUUUSCAUGGAACUCGAGAAAACAAAGCUGCAWCRAAAAGAGCAAGACAACACACCAAUCUCGACGAKYGAGGGAARCGACGAAAAYGACCUACUAGGCGACGAAAUUGAUCGAACGGAACAAGCCCCCGUCGAAAAGAAAGACGWAACUGGAAUGCCGACACAAUCUUGUCUAAUUAACAAAUUGAAAGAGCAGAACAGUCGCAUUCAAUCCAGGUGCGAUUCCCUGGAACGAAGCAUGUCCAGUCUAAGGCACAACMACGCUGAGCRCGAGCUKCGCAGCUUGGUCACCAUACAGAACAUGAGGUCCCAGAUGGACGAGCUGAAGAUGGAGCGAAAACGACGAAUGGACAUGCAGGCCGAUGCCGAAGAGCGCGCUUUUCGCUUACAGAAAGAACUUUCUGAAACGAGAAAAAACAAAAGCGACAUCGUUCGGUCCCAACUGCUACAGGUUGACGCACAAUCCGUAGUUGUGUCACUAGAAGAGAGGGAAUAUGACGGAGAAGAAACGCUGUGCUAUUCUUCGUCUUCGUCCUCCGCAACAUCUGCUACCUCGGAUACCUCCGAUGYCAGCAGCGAUAGCAUGGGAAACAAAGCGGCGCGGGGGCCCGGUCUGUGCAGAGAAGCGGUCUUGACGAAAAAAGAGCUCUUGAGAAGCCAUCGCAACCACCACCAGCGCUCAUUUCCACCCCUUUUGGUGACCGUGAGCGAAGACAGCGAAGACGAUUGACAAGGAACGCAAUGAAUGGGUCUAUUUAAU